AUGAUUAUGGAGUUAAAAAUAAGCAAAAUCCCAAAUACCCACUACAAACCAUGUGACGGUUUCAAACGCACGUCGGAGGUUAUCUCCCUCAACAACCACAUUUUUCUCUUCCCGUACGAUGUUAUUAGCUGGUUUCGGAAGCGGUCCCAAACUCCCAAACACUUUUUUCAAACCCUUUUGACGCUCCGCCGCUUAAUUAUCUUCUUUAAUCAGGUUGUCUUUAAGAGGUCUUGUCAUUGGAGGUAG